AUGGGGGUGACAGCCGUCUGGAUGGUUCCUGUUGCUGUCUCCCCGCUCCCUGAAGCUUCCGGAGACUCUGCAGACCUUUCUACAACUGGAACACCCCCCAGCGCUGGAAAUCCGAAUCUUGAACCUUUGGCUCUUUUCAUCUGGAAUAUUGCCACCGAACAGCGUAAACGACAGCUGUGCGAUUAUUUUUCCAUGUGCGAUGGGACGUCAAAUUCACUGAAUAUGUACAACAUGCAGCUGCCACAGAUUCGAAAGAGAGAUAAAUGUUUUGAGAGCAGUUUCCAGAAGAAAAAGUGUUUGAUCAGGAUUGUCCAGGGAUUUCAGGACUAUAAGAAGUAUCUCCAGUUUGUGCGUCAAAGGAUUGUGGGUGAUAAUUUGCAAGUGGAUGCAAUGCUGAGCAGCUCAAAGAUUUUGGUUGACCUGCUCCCACUGGAGAGCAAAAUUCGUGAACGUAUUGCUCAACAAGAUAACAGUAAAGAAGGAACUUUCAAUUUGGAUGAAUCGACUAAAACAGACUGGGAUAAGCAAGUGACAGUUCAUGUGAUUCUUAGAAAUUUUGCUCUCUUUAUGGAGAGUACUAUUCGAGCCAUUCGAUUCAUGCAAUCAGCACCUGCAACAGCUUUAUGA